AUGCCGUCAACGUUCUGUUUACUAUUAUCGAAGAAUUUUUAUGUGGAAAGGGCGUUUUGGAAAUGGUCUAUAGUUGAGUUUUUAAGCAUAACGGCGAUUUUGGCUGUGAUUGUCGUCAAUCCCGUUACACGGGGAAAAUAUUAUUCGUCCGAAAAAGAAACUAUUCUACAAUCCGUUGUUACUUAUAAUCAACCCGGUCUAUACGAUUUAUCUGUAUUUAUGCAUUUAAUGAGCAUUCGUAAAGAACGCAUGCGUAUGACUUUGUUAUAUACACCGAAAAAUGAUUUUACAACAGCGGUUGUUAAUGGCGCAAAGAUUGCAUUAAAUUUGCGCGGCAUACAGGAUGUGGAAAAUAACGAUAUUUUGGAAAAGUAUUUUAGUGAGCAGAACACUCUUGCUGGCAUAGUAUUUCAUAAUGUCGAUGACGGUGCAGUCCCUGAAAAAUUAGUGGUGUCGUUGCGUUUCCCUGGUCUAUUACGAACCGUUGAUAUUUCAAAUAGUAUAGAUGAACGUUUGUGGAUGACACGUUGCGCGGGAAUAAUAUCCUCUGACGGCACUGGUAUUUAUGGAAACGUGGACUUAUAUCUGCGCGAAGGUUUUCUACAACUGCAACAUAGCUUAUACAUUCAGUGGAUCAAGCUUCUGAAGAAUUCUGAUACAACAAACAUUAAUAGAGGUCGAAAUAAAGAAAAAGAAACAGUCGAACAACUUAAAGAUAUGUCUGCUGAUGAAAAAUUUAAUAUCAAUGCAGAAUCGAAUAGCAAUCAACAGACGAACAAUGCUAGCAUUGCGUUAGAAGAAAGUGGCAAAGAGAUGGAGGAAAAAUUUACGGAAACCGAUAAACUUAAUACGUUUGCCUUUAAUGAGGAUGGGCUUGAGGAGAAUGUUGUCUUAAAAAAUUUCCAUCCUAAUGAUGAUGAUAAUUUUAAAGAAGCCGCGUUAAUAAUGAACUCUAGGCUGAGUGAUCCCUUGUUAACACGAGAACAAGAUCUAAGACAAAUACAAAAUGAGGAAAUACCCUUGAUCCCUCAUAUACAAGUGAAUUCUAUGCGUUAUAGAAGCGACGCUAGAUUGUGUUUCACGGAAGGAGCCGCAAACCUAAAUUGGCUAUUAUUCAACACUCUGUUCUUUAUACCGUUCCUUCAUUUGAUUUGGAUUUACGCACGUGAACGUGAAGAAGAUGUGUUAGCUCAUCAUUGGAUAUAUGGUUACACAUACGGUCAACUUUGGGUUGCUCAUUUUCUCGUAUCAUUUGUUCAUUUUCUAAUAUUAGACCUGCUAAUAAUGGUCGUUUUUAUUAUCCCGUGGACAAACGAUCCCAAGGCAUAUAUUUUCCAUAAUGUGAAUCCCAUUGUGAUGUUGUCAUUUCUCAUUCUUCAUAAUAUUAUCGUGAUUUUGUAUGCGAUGAUUAUUGCCUGCACGUUAGACAACGCGGUGAAUUGCGUGCUGCUUGGUGUUACGCUUUGGCUACUGGCAUACAGUCUCUUUUCCGCAAUCUAUUACUGUUUACAGGAUUUUACAUUUAUUAGUUUAUUCUGUUUAAGUUUAUUUUGCAAUAAUUUUUUCCCAUUGGGCAUGCGCAUAAUGAAAAAAUUCGACUUAGAAGAGAAUCCAAAUUAUGAUAUCCUUUAUCUUAUAUUGCUUACGCAAUUAUUGACUAUUGUCAUUCUUAUGAUCUUACUGGUGACAUUGAAUCAUUUUCGGCCGGGUUUUUAUAUUGGACAAACCAAUUUCUUUUAUUCGCUAUUAUGCCGACGAAAACCAAUAAAAGCAAAUCCUCCAAUGGGAAUUAUUACACUGGAUCGACCAAGUGCUGCUUGGCAUAAUUUUGAAUUUGGUCCAUUCCGAGGGGAAGAAAUGGUGUUCGUUAAAAAUGUAGUUACAACAAUUCGCCGUAGAGGCGUUAAACAUCAAAUAUUGAAAAAUGUCACAAUGCGGUUUUUUAAGGGUGAGAUCACGGUAAUAUUGGGCGCCGAAGAGAACGGACGAGUUAGUCUUCUUUGCUUAAUGGCGGGUUGGCAGAAACCCGAAUUGGGUGAUAUUUAUUAUAAUGGCAAUAAGAGUAUUUAUCAGCAUUGGACAGACUAUCGUUCCCGUAUCGAUAUAUGCAUGCAGCAAUCGUCAAUUUUUGAUUCAUUGAGCGUAAUAUCGACGCUUAGAUAUUUUGGAAGGAUUAAGCAAAGUGAAUAUGAUCGCGAAGAACUUGAGAGAGAGGUGAAUAAAUGGUUAACACUUCUAUCCGGUAAAAUAAAGCCAAAUGAAAGUGUAAAAAAUUUAAGUUAUGGCGAGAAGCGAUUACUGGUUUUAUGUUGCAUAUUAUUUGGCAAUACUUCUAUAGUUUUAUUACAUGAACCCACACAAUUUCUGAAAUACGAAGAUCAACAAAUGUUUUGGCAAAUAUUACGCGAGGAGAAAGAUGAUCGUGCAAUUAUCGUUACAACAACUUCCAUAGACGAGGCAGAAUGGUUUGCCGAUCGUAUUGGCAUUUUAGACGACGGUGUCUUAUUGGCCUACGGAUCACCUUUCUUUUUGAAAACACGUUUCGGCAUAGGUUGCGAUUUGAUUAUAUUGAAAGAUCCAAAUCGAUCAAGUGGUCCAAUAACGGAUAUUAUUAAUAAAUUUGUACCAAAUGCUGUACCCGAUAAUCAAGUAGGCGAUUUACUAGUAUACAAACUACCAACGGAUAAAAGGUCCAUAUAUCAGCGCAUGCUUUUGCAAUUGGAAGAUGCAAGUAAAAAUUUGGGUAUAACAAAUAUACGAGUUUCGAGUAGUGAGCUAAGUGAAGUAUUUAUGACACUGGGAAUGGAGAGUACACUUAAACCGACAGUGCCGGAAAUUACUCAAACAUUGAAAUUCAUCAAUGAGUCGGAAAAUGUUUUGAAGCGACAGCAGAUACGCGCUAUGAUAUACAAAAAGAUGAUACAUCAGACACUGAAUAUUCUACCAGUCAUUAUGACGUUUGGGCUAUUGUUUUUAAUUUUACUUACCAAUCACUUGUUUUCACUUGUCAAGAUCCCGACAACUAUGGAAAACGGUAUACACUUGGGUAUCAGUAUGGAAGAAAUCUCAGCUAAUAAAUUUAAAGAGCUAACCGACUGCAGCUAUAUCGUAAUUGACGGUGUAAAUGAAGAAAAACUAUUAGCUACAAAGUCACACUUGCAAUAUCUCUUUUAUGAAAAUUUAACGUGCGGCAAUAUGUCAUAUACCGAUUACAUACGCACCGAUAGAGCGGCGGCUAUAAGUAAACUAGGCGCAGUUGAAUUAAAAACACCCAAUAAAAAUUUUUCUAUAUGGAUUAAUGAUCUCACUUUUCAUACGGCACCAAUGGUCUUAAAUUUGGCUCAUAACAUAAUACUGAGAAAUUUGUUUCCGGAUAAUCCAAAUAGGUUAACUGCGAUCAUAAAUCAACCUAUUAGAAUAUCAUAUUUUCAGCAAACUAAUUUAGUCGAUAAUCAGAUAUUUCAUUUACAUCUCGCCAUUAUCAUGGGUAUUAUAAUGCCGAUAACAAUGUCUUGUUUUGUAAUAUCAUUGGUAGAAGAGCGACGAAACUAUUUAUUGACGUUGCAGCUUAUUGCUGGCAUUGACUUGCAUAUAUAUUGGAUGGUCGGGAUGGCUUGGGAUAUUGGUAUAUUUUUAGGAUUUUCCAUUGUAUACAUAUUAGUGAUGGCGCUUACCACUAUUGAGGGUUUCAAUAUUUUUACAAAAUUAUUGGUUCUUCUUCUAAUAAGUCUACACGGUAUUGCUACUCUCGCCAUGAUGUAUUUUUUGAGUAUGUUUAUGCCAAAGUCGAAGUUGCGAGCCUUUUUAUUGGCCGUGAUACUGCAAUUGAUGCUCGGUAUUUGCGCUUACAUCUUUGCCUGGGACGUAUUGGAAACCUCUUUACUUUUUAUAUACGUUAUGUACCUAAUGCCAACAUUUGCUCUUGUCGACGGCAUAUCAAAAUUAUAUAUAGGCUCAAGACAUUCCCGUUAUUGUGAUGAUCGUUGUACAGCAUUGAAUUGCACUGAUUCAAGUAUAAUAUGCGAAUUGGAACCGAAUUGUUGCCAUUUACCAUAUUUUGAAUUCGAAUUCCCUGGUAUAGGAAUAAACAUCGUUUAUAUGCUAAUAACGACUGCCAUAUUCAGUUUCUUAUUUUGCAUAUUCAACGUAUACUAUAGAGCACACAAAUACAGUUUGUCGAAGAGCAAGAGGCAUGCGGGCUUGGGUACCGUGUCCUAUCCUUUCGAUGAUGAUGAUGUAGUCAAGGAGAGAACGCGUAUCGCUAAAAUGUCCAGAUUCGAGUGCAAUAGAUAUAGUGUUUUAGCCGAUCAAAUUGAAAAGAAAAUACCUAAUCAUGGAAAACGCUUGAAUACAGUGUCAUUUGCCCUUGACAAAUAUAUGUCGAUGGGAAUUUAUGGAUAUCAUAAAGCGGGUAAAACGCAUUUAAUCGAACAAUUGGUGGGCGCGAGAGGAUUUCGUUUUGGUGAAAUGUAUAUUGAAAAAGUUGAUUUUAAAUUCGAAAAUAAGGCGGCAAUAAAAAUGAUGGGUUUUUGUCCUCAAAAGAGUGAUUUGGGCAUGGUUUUCUCACCUCGUCAACUGUUUACGUUUCUAUUUAUGAUAAGAGGUGUGCCCGAAGCGAAUGUAUCAGAAAAGCUUUUAGAGAUUGCCACAUCAUUGGACUUAAAGCCUUAUAUGAAUACGAAAAUUGGUGAUUUAUCGUUAGCUGUUAGACGGAAAGUUAGUGUAGCUAUAUCUCUUAUAGCUUAUAAUAAGGUUUUGGUUCUAGACGAACCCACAAAAGGCAUGCCAGCAAAGGAUCGCCGUAUCAUUUGGAACGUGCUUAGAUAUGCACGUUUUUGCGGCAAAACAGUUAUAUUUUCAUCGAAUGAAAAUUUGGAAUGCGAAACUUUGGCAGAUUUGAUUAUCGUAAUAGACGAUGGAGAGCUAUUAGCUAUAGGCAGUCCACAGUAUUUAAGACAAAAAUACACGCGCGGUUUCUUUUUCGAACUUAAAAUUCUAAGUGAUGGUAAAACAGAAGAAGAAACAUAUGAAAACCUUGACAGAGAUGUUGAAAACGUAAUUAAAUUCGCUUAUUUCUUACACGAAGAUUCUGAACUACAGCAUAGAGCUAAUGUCUUGAAGUUUUACAUUCCUGUUGAGCAGGUGAUUUAUUCCUAUCUUUUCGGAAGUAUUGAGAAGAAUCGGCGACGUCUAAAUAUAGCUGAAUACACUAUAAAUCAGGCACCACUUUUGACAGCUCUAGAUAAUGUUUUGGCGACUUGUACUUUAAGAGAACCAUACCGCAAACGGAAAAAGCAUAGACCAAGUGCGUAUGCCCAUAGUUUAAGUCGCCAAAGAAUGGCACGGAAUGCUGAAAAUACGGGCAAUUAA